UUUCUACCAACCAGAAUCGACAGAAAUAUGAAAUACAUAUUCUUCUUUCUUCUUUCCUUCUUUUUCCUUUUCUCCAAUUUAUACUCCAGAAUCGACCGCAGCUAUCAGUAUUAACUGAUCUUCAUCGUUUCUUUAUUACUCUCAUCUGCUCUGAACUGUUUUUAUUGUUCUUAAUUGAUUUAUCCUACAUAUCGCCACUUUUUUACCUUGCACAUAUUAUAUCCUUCGCUCUUUUUAUCUUGUCGAUAUUCUCAAAAUGAUCACAUAUGGACAAGCAUGUUGCUUGGUCUUGGAUUUGGAGCCGACCAAAGAGAACAGGAAAAGGGCCAAAGAGACUUUAGCGCAGGUAUCCCUUGGCGCGACGUACCUUGAAAAUAACGGACAUCUGGAGCCCAUUGCAUUGAGUGAAUCCAAAAUUGGAAAAAACCCGUACAAAUACAGACGGUAUCCUUCUACGCCGCCCAGCAGCCCUGUAUCUUCAGAUAUUGAGGACACAGUAUCGGAUGAAGUGGAGCAAUCAAGUGUUAGCAGCUCUUCGAGCGAGGAGGACGCAGCCCCAGAAAAUUAUUCAACACAAGGAAUCCUCAAGAUGGCCAAACUUCUAUUCACCAAGGACAACAUAGAUACUACCGAUCUAUAUGACAAAAAGUGGCUCACCACUCAAGACAUCUUCACGAGUUUAGCAAUCCAAUUGCCGAGGUUGAGCAGUGUGAUGACUACGCGACAGCUUGGCCUAUUACUGAGCAAGCACCACGAUCACUUUGGCUCCCCAAUCAGAAAGAGGGUAAACGGCAAAUUCGUACAUUGCAGGGAGUUAUUCCAUCUGAAAGAAUGCGGGAAUAACGUUAUCGAAGAUGACUAUGCUUUGUUCCUAUCCCACAUUCGUGCCUCUGAUGGAGAUUGGGUCAAUGUUGGCUACGUGAGAAAAUCUCCAGGCGAGGAACUUCCGUCAACAAGAGCAAGGCUCAUCACUUGCAUGGCCGAAAGGUUAAAAAAACGAUGCCACUGCCGAAAGAUUUUCGUCUCGGAUGGCUCGACGGCCAAUGAACCCAUCCUGGCCAGAGAUGCUGACAGUGGCCCCACCAGUUACGACGGAAAUACGCAGGACAUGUUUUCCUACUUCACUACAAAGAGCAAGAAAAUUCGAUUGUGUGUCAUCGAUUACGCCGGUUUUUCUACGGACCCAGACGACAUUCAAAAAACCAUGAAGCUGACAAGAAGUAUUAAGGAGCUGGUGGUGCUACAUCCCCACCGGAUUGAAAUGUUCACUCGCAUGGAAUUGAAGCAGGAAUCAAUAUUAACGAAGUUUAAAUGCCGAACAGGACCGGUACAUCGGUCAAAAUAUAGUGGCGUUGCCAGAAAUCGAUCCUCCUUUGUGUAAUUGCGGAGUGGAAAUAAAGUUCGUAGUAGUUGCCUAGCCAGAUUGCGUAUUUUGUUGGUUACAUAAAAGUAGACAGAAUUCAGAUGAAGCAAAUUAAAAGUUUCGUUUCGAG